GCAAAUCCUCCUGGUGUGUUAGCGUUACUGGAUGAAGAAUGCUGGUUCCCUAAAGCUACUGACAAGACAUUUGUGGAGAAAUUGGUCCAAGAGCAAGGAACCCACUCCAAGUUCCAAAAGCCAAGACAGCUAAAGGACAAAGCAGAUUUCUGUAUUAUUCACUAUGCAGGGAAGGUAGACUACAAGGCAGAUGAGUGGUUGAUGAAGAAUAUGGACCCCCUGAAUGACAAUGUGGCUACACUCUUGCACCAGUCUUCUGACAAAUUUGUUGCAGAGCUUUGGAAGGAUGAGAUUCAGAAUAUUCAGAGAGCCUGUUUCUAUGACAAUAUUACUGGUCUUCAUGAUCCACCAGUGGAUCGUAUUGUGGGUCUGGAUCAGGUCACUGGAAUAACAGAGACAGCUUUUGGCUCUGCGUACAAGACCAAGAAGGGCAUGUUUCGUACUGUUGGCCAACUGUACAAAGAAUCUCUCACCAAGCUGAUGGCAACGCUCCGAAACACUAAUCCCAAUUUUGUUCGCUGCAUCAUUCCAAAUCAUGAAAAGAGGGCUGGAAAAUUGGAUCCACAUCUGGUUCUAGAUCAGCUUCGUUGCAAUGGUGUUUUGGAAGGAAUAAGGAUUUGUCGACAAGGAUUUCCAAACAGGAUAGUGUUCCAGGAAUUUAGACAGAGGUAUGAGAUCCUUACUCCCAAUGCAAUUCCAAAAGGUUUUAUGGAUGGUAAGCAAGCCUGUGAGCGUAUGAUCAGAGCAUUAGAGCUGGACCCCAACUUAUACAGAAUUGGACAGAGCAAGAUCUUUUUCCGAGCUGGUGUCUUGGCACACUUAGAAGAAGAACGAGAUCUGAAGAUCACAGACAUUAUCAUCUUUUUCCAGGCAGUCUGUAGAGGAUACCUGGCUAGGAAGGCCUUUGCAAAGAAGCAACAGCAACUGAGUGCACUGAAAAUCCUGCAGAGGAAUUGCGCUGCAUAUUUAAAGCUUAGGCACUGGCAGUGGUGGAGAGUGUUCACAAAGGUGAAGCCUCUUCUUCAGGUCACUCGUCAAGAAGAAGAACUUCAAGCCAAGGACGAGGAGCUAAUGAAGGUGAAAGAAAAGCAGACAAAAGUGGAGGCAGAACUUGAGGAAAUGGAAAGGAAACAUCAACAGCUUCUGGAAGAGAAGAACAUUCUUGCAGAGCAGCUACAGGCUGAGACAGAGCUCUUUGCAGAAGCUGAGGAGAUGAGGGCUCGCUUGGCUGCCAAAAAACAAGAGUUGGAAGAAAUUCUCCAUGAUUUGGAGUCCAGGGUUGAGGAGGAAGAGGAAAGAAACCAAAUAUUGCAGAAUGAGAAGAAGAAAAUGCAGGGCCAUAUUCAGGACCUGGAGGAACAGCUUGAUGAGGAGGAGGGAGCUCGACAGAAGUUGCAGCUUGAAAAAGUGACAGCUGAAGCUAAGAUCAAGAAGAUGGAGGAAGAGAUCCUACUGUUGGAGGACCAAAAUUCCAAAUUUUUGAAGGAAAAGAAGCUGAUGGAGGAUCGAAUUGCUGAAUGUACUUCUCAGCUGGCUGAAGAAGAAGAAAAGGCCAAAAACUUGGCCAAACUCAAGAACAAGCAGGAAAUGAUGAUCACUGAUUUGGAAGAGCGCUUAAAAAAGGAGGAGAAGACCCGUCAAGAAUUAGAAAAAGCUAAAAGAAAACUUGAUGGUGAAACAACAGACCUACAGGACCAAAUAGCUGAGCUGCAAGCCCAGAUUGAAGAACUGAAGAUCCAGCUGGCCAAGAAAGAGGAAGAAUUGCAGGCUGCUCUUGCUAGAGGCGAUGAAGAAGCGGUUCAGAUAAGAGAGUUACAGGCUCAAAUUGCAGAACUCCAGGAGGACCUUGAAUCUGAGAAGGCAUCACGCAACAAGGCAGAAAAGCAGAAAAGAGAUUUAAGUGAAGAGUUGGAGGCUUUAAAAACUGAACUGGAAGAUACCUUGGAUACCACUGCAGCACAGCAAGAGCUGAGGACAAAGCGAGAGCAGGAAGUGGCUGAACUGAAGAAAGCAAUUGAAGAGGAAACCAAAAACCAUGAAGCACAGAUCCAGGAAAUCAGGCAGAGGCAUGCUACUGCCCUGGAAGAGCUCUCUGAACAACUUGAACAGGCCAAAAGGUUCAAAGCAAAUCUUGAAAAAAACAAGCAAGGCCUAGAGUCCGACAACAAGGAGUUAGCCUGUGAAGUGAAGGUACUGCAGCAGGUCAAGGCAGAGUCUGAACAUAAGAGGAAGAAACUUGAUGCUCAGGUACAAGAGCUAACUGCUAAGGUCACAGAAGGAGAAAGACUGAGGGUGGAACUGGCGGAGAAAGCUAACAAGCUGCAGAACGAAUUGGAUAAUGUCUCAAGUCUCCUGGAGGAAGCAGAGAAGAAAGGUAUUAAGUUUGCCAAGGAUGCAGCUAGUUUGGAAUCUCAGCUUCAGGAUACACAGGAGCUGCUUCAGGAAGAAACCCGCCAGAAGCUCAACCUGAGCAGUAGGAUUAGGCAGCUGGAAGAGGAGAAGAACAACCUGCAAGAGCAGCAGGAAGAGGAAGAAGAGGCCAGAAAGAACUUGGAGAAACAGAUGCUUGCCUUGCAGUUACAGUUGGCUGAUGCUAAGAAAAAGGUAGAUGACGACUUGGGAACCAUUGAAGGCUUGGAGGAAAAUAAGAAGAAAUUAUUGAAAGACAUGGAGUCCUUAAGCCAACGCCUAGAGGAGAAGGCAAUGGCUUAUGACAAACUGGAAAAGACAAAGAAUCGCCUGCAACAAGAGCUGGAUGACUUGAUGGUAGAUCUAGAUCAUCAGCGCCAGAUUGUUUCUAACUUGGAGAAAAAGCAGAAGAAGUUUGAUCAGAUGCUGGCAGAAGAAAAGAACAUUUCUGCCAGAUAUGCAGAGGAAAGAGAUCGUGCUGAAGCAGAAGCAAGGGAGAAGGAAACCAAAGCGCUGUCUCUGGCUCGGGCUUUGGAAGAAGCCCUGGAAGCUAAGGAAGAAUUUGAAAGACAAAACAAACAGUUGCGUGCAGAUAUGGAAGACUUAAUGAGCUCUAAAGAUGAUGUGGGCAAAAAUGUCCAUGAACUGGAGAAGUCAAAGAGAACUCUAGAGCAACAGGUUGAAGAGAUGAGGACUCAGCUUGAAGAACUGGAAGAUGAACUGCAGGCCACAGAAGAUGCUAAGCUUCGUUUGGAGGUGAACAUGCAAGCUAUGAAAGCCCAGUUUGAGAGAGAUCUGCAAGCCAGAGAUGAGCAGAAUGAAGAGAAAAAGAGAAUGCUGGUUAAACAAGUGCGAGAGCUGGAGGCAGAACUGGAAGAUGAGCGCAAACAGAGGGCUCUUGCUGUGGCAGCCAAGAAGAAAAUGGAGAUGGAUCUAAAAGACCUGGAAGGUCAGAUAGAAGCUGCAAACAAGGCUCGAGAUGAAGCAAUCAAACAGCUACGGAAGCUCCAGGCUCAAAUGAAAGACUACCAGCGGGAGCUGGAAGAAGCCCGUGCAUCCAGAGAUGAGAUCUUUGCACAGUCCAAAGAGAGUGAAAAGAAACUUAAAGGUCUUGAAGCAGAAAUACUCCAGCUCCAAGAGGAGUUUGCUGCAUCUGAAAGAGCCCGUCGUCAUGCUGAGCAAGAAAGGGAUGAGUUGGCUGAUGAGAUUGCGAACAGUGCUUCUGGAAAGUCGGCACUGCUGGAUGAGAAGCGCCGUCUGGAAGCUCGUAUUGCACAAUUGGAGGAAGAGCUUGAGGAAGAGCAGAGCAACAUGGAGCUUCUCAAUGAGCGGUUCCGAAAGACCACGCUGCAGGUUGACACGCUUAAUUCUGAGCUAGCUGGGGAGCGGAGUGCUGCCCAGAAGAGUGAAAAUGCACGGCAGCAGCUGGAAAGGCAGAACAAAGAGCUGAAAGCCAAGCUGCAGGAACUGGAGGGAUCUGUGAAGUCUAAGUUCAAGGCAACAAUUUCUACUCUAGAAGCCAAGAUUGUGCAGCUAGAAGAACAGCUUGAGCAGGAAGCCAAGGAAAAAGCAGCUGCUAACAAAUUGGUCCGUCGUACAGAGAAGAAAUUGAAAGAAGUCUUCAUGCAGGUGGAGGAUGAGCGUCGACAUGCAGACCAGUACAAGGAGCAGAUGGAAAAGGCAAAUGCCAGAAUGAAGCAGCUCAAACGACAGCUGGAGGAGGCUGAAGAGGAAGCCACACGUGCAAAUGCUUCGCGACGUAAACUUCAGCGUGAGCUGGAUGAUGCCACAGAGGCUAACGAGGGCCUGAGCCGGGAGGUCAGCACCCUGAAAAACAGGCUAAGGAGGGGGGGCCCCAUCACCUUCUCCUCGAGUCGAUCUGGGAGACGCCAGCUGCACAUUGAAGGGGCCUCUCUGGAGCUCUCAGAUGACGAUGUGGAGAGCAAAGGCAGCGACGUGAACGAAGCGCAGCCGGCCCCUGCUGAGUAGAGCCAUGUCACAGCAUUUGCAUGCAGAGACCUUUUACACAAUAGUCGGCAGAAGGAGAACUUUCCUGACCACCGAACUGCCUUGUGGCUGUAAAUCUGCCUUACGAAACGUCGGCAUGCUACAAGGUUACUUAUCAUAGGUCAACUAUGUCUUAAGGCUCUCUAGCCUCACCAUACUGUACCCUGCUUCAGAUAUAGGUACAACUGCUUUUUUAUAUAUAGUAAACAAAAUGGGAUUGUCUCUGUUCAGUGCAUCUAUUUUCCAGAUACUCAUUGUAAAGCCAUUUUAUAAAGCAUCAUGUGAAGGAUGAAACUUU